ACAAAUAGCCUGGGAGACACAUUAGAAGAAACGCUGCUCAACUGAGAGAGUGAGACACGCAAAGAUUAAGAAACAUAGUAGAGAGAAGGACAUGUGACAAUAAAUCCUUUGCAGGACCUACCUGAAUAGAGAUAUUUUUACUUUGUAUGGGAGGCUGGAAACAGGACAGCUACCUGUAGAGAUGGGAAGUACAAGCCCCCCACGGUACCUCAAUUGGAGUACAGAGAUGAUCACCACAUCAGCCCCAGCUAAACAAGAGGAAAGUUAUAGCGAGGUAAAAAUGAUCCUGCUGGGCAUGAUCAUGUCCUUGCUCGUCUUGUGCAUUGUCUUUGGAAACAUUCUGGUCAUAACAGCGAUUGCUCGCUUCCAGCGCCUCCAAAAUGUCACCAACUGUUUCAUCACAUCGCUGGCCUGUGCCGACCUGGUCAUGGGUCUCAUUGUUGUUCCUUUUGGUGCCUGUUACAUCAUAUUUAAGACCUGGCAUUUUGGUAGUUUCUGGUGUGAGUUUUGGACUGCGACUGAUGUGCUUUGUGUGACGGCAAGUAUUGAGACCCUGUGUGUCAUAGCUAUAGACCGUUAUUUGGCCAUCACUUCUCCCUUUCGUUACCAGUCAAUGCUGACCAAGUGCAGGGCUCGCAUUGUGGUUGUGCUGGUGUGGGUGAUCGCUGCCUUGAUAUCUUUCCUGCCCAUCCACAUGAAGUGGUGGAUAUCAGAUGAUGAGGAAGCUAAGAGGUGCAUUGAGGACAGUAAAUGCUGCGAGUUUGAUACCAACAUGGCUUACGCCAUCACCUCCUCCAUCGUCUCCUUCUACAUCCCUUUGGUCAUCAUGGUUUUUGUCUACAGUCGUGUUUUCCAGGAGGCCAAGCGCCAGUUGAAGAAGAUUGACCAAAGUGUUGGACGUUUCCAUAACAGUGACAACAGCAACCUCAAAUCCUUGGAGGCCAAUAAUGGGCGUGCCCACAAGAGGGCGAAGUUUUGCCUGCGGGAACACAAAGCCUUAAAGACACUGGGCAUCAUCAUGGGAAUCUUCACUCUGUGUUGGCUGCCCUUCUUUCUGCUCAACGUGGUGGUGGCCAUUUGGAAGGAGCAGCACAACGACCUCACCUUCAGGAUACUCAACUGGAUAGGUUACGCAAACUCUGCAUUCAACCCGCUCAUUUACUGCCGAAGUCCUGAGUUUAGGUAUGCCUUCAAAGAAAUCCUCUGCAUGAAGAAGAAUCGCCUCAGCAACCUGGGGCCUGUUAAUGAAUACAUCUACAGCAGGCACAGCUGGCAGAGUGAGCAGCAAGCGAGGAGCAAGGGCAGCUCAGAAGACAGUGACGCCAAUGAAGGGUGUCCGGGGAAGGGAGUGGGGCUCUGCAGUGUUGUGGACAGAGCAGUGGACCCCAAUGGAAACUGCAGCAAAGACCUAACGACUGUAACAACUGUCCUUUAAACUGGGAUCCCUGAGAGUGAUCCAAACAUGUUUACACUGCUAUCAUACACUUUUUCCAAUAGACAAAUGAAGGUAAGACCCAGUCAAAAUGACUGGUAGUCUCUGGAGACUGACCUAAAAAUGUAAUAAUCAUGUUUAUAUUCAGGAAAGUAUUUCUUUUCCUUUUUCAGCACAGUGAAUAAAUACUGUAGGUCAAUCAGUUGUCAUUUUGUUAGAAUUAUCAUCUUUAAUUUCCAUCUACCUCAUGACAUCUUUAUCAAAACUUGUUUCUUGACUGACUAUCAGAACUAGUAUACAUUUACUCACUGUCCACAGGAGUCACACUGGGGCAGUUUACCAGUUGUUUAUUUAUGUUACUAAAUGAUCUGAGUUUUGUAUAAUCGCUAAUUAUCAGGCUGCAACUGAAUUCAUGGGCAUGUGUUUUUAGCUUGGAAUUCUUAUCAAACAAUCUCAUAAUUUGAUAGCAUAAAAAUGUUUUUGAAAUUCAGACUAAAUGCUGUUGGAGGCUACAAAUUCUGUUUGACGUGGACAGAAUUCUUAUUUCCAUCAGAAAAUGUAUGAGGCAUAUGGAAGGAUCAAACGUAUUACCUCUUGGGUGCUUUGUUUGACGACAUACAUUCCAAAACAAGCAAAAUUAUAAUUUGGCUUCAGUUUAUUUCCAUUUUGUUUCUGUCUCUGUCUUUUUUUGUUUGCUUUUGUGUGAAAGAUGAUCAGCAACAGGUCCCUCUCUCAUUCUUUCUCAGUUUUUGCUCCCUGUUCUAGUGUUUUACAGCCUGUUGCAUGGGAGUUUCUGUUGCUAGUAGAUAACACUAGAGAUAUGAAGUUAUCUACAUCUCACUGAGAAACGCCUGGGGCCGUGUUAGUCAUAUGAUAAAACUCAGAAGUUUAUGUACUUUGAAUCGCCCAGGUUCCAUUAUCAGCCCUGAAGAUAUCAAAUAUCUCUUGGUUAAAAGCAGAUGACAUUACGGUUAAUGUGGUUAAUCCUCUUGCCUUUAAAGCUUACAGCUAUUGAAUGAAAGUUAAAUGAAAUUCAAAUGCAUUAUUUUGAAGGUUUGCUACUGCACAGCCUACCAGUCAUAUGUUGCAUUCAGUCUGUGGGUUCAUUUAUGCAACAUCUCAGUCACUAUUUGUUGCAUUAUACAGCUGUUACGUAAUCCAAGGCAAAAUAUUUGUCUCCUGUCCCAUUUAUGUGCUGGUAGCAACGGUUGUCCCUUCUGCUGCACAUGCCAUGUUUGUUACUUUUUGUUGUUGCUGUGUUUCAGCGUCUACAGUGUUUACUGAAACCAGAGAAGCCGUUUCCUUAGUCAUGGCACAAAGGUACAAACCUCACAGAAUGAAAUGAAAUAGCCAAGUGAUGACAAAGUUCCAGACCUGAGAUAAGGUGGGGUUGACUGCUUAGGCCAGUGAACAGAGAUGAGAAAAGAGUUCUGAGCAGUGCACCUUUGUCACUCCUCCCUGACAUUUCCCAGAGUUUCCUCACUAAAACAAACAGAUGUCUCGAUCUUUACGAAAUCAGCCCAACUUUAGGAUAAGACACUCCGCUCAGCAGUUCCUCAGCUGUUGCAGUUGUUUCAGUCAGUUUUAGUUAGUCUACUUUAGACGGAGCAGGAAAUGCCCCAAACCAGCUGAGCCCAGCCCAAUAAACACGAAUAAAUCCAUUAUCUCCGCUGUUUAGCUGCAGCAUCAGAUAACUCCAUUUUAAAAACAACUCCGGAAUGGAUUAGUAGAUUACAAAGUAUAUAGUUUCCAAUUUGCAGGUUGUGAUGAGAUCCAAUGGACCAACCUGAAAUGAGUCUCUCUUUCUUAUCACCCGUCUUAAGAUUGCACACUCUCGGGUCAUUUUUGACAUUAAAAACAAGCAUUAAUGGAAAAUGACCACUUUGCACACAGGGUUUGGUGAAUUUCCAGCACACGCCCUACCAACACACACACACACAAAAUGGCUUGCAAAACCAUCACUUUUAAGAGAGGUAAUGGAGGUACUCCUGGAGAUAUAACUCUCUUUCCUGUUUGCUGGUCUCUAGCAUGCUCUAAUCAAAGUGAUAGCAUGCUAAAUGUGGCUGCUGAGGGAGGGGGGGGCAUUUUGUUUUUUGCUGCCAGUCUAAAUGGGUGUUAGUGACCUAUGUUUUAGUGCAUGUAGCAUUGCCUCUGGAGUAAGGUUGGUUGACUCCGUCAAAACUGUGAACUUUGUUCCUUCAUUGGAAUCUUGAUGUACUGUAUUGUUAGGUUUGGUUAGCACUGUUGUCAUUGACCUUAGGAACAGACGUAACUACAGUGUUGUCAUACGUCAAUGUUUGCCAUGUGACAAACAAGCUUUCCUGUCUGUUAAUUUUUUUUCUGCCUGUUUUUCUUUUUCAUGGAUUUACAGCAAAGUAAAUGCAAGGGUUGAAUGUUAUAAUAAUAUGUUUUCCAGGGUUUAUUUUUUAUUUUUUCCAGGGUUUAUUUCCAGAGUUUAAACAUUUUCACUGUACAGCAUGCACAAAGCACAAAAAGACUAGAUUAGACCAAGAUAUUGUCAAUUGAUUCUUGUAUUUAUUUACGAAAUGAUUGACGCUACAUUGAUGAGUCACUGGUGGGUUUAAAAAGAACAUCUGUAUUAAACUCAUCGGUCAUUUUUAGAAGCACUUCACAAGCGACUAUUUGCAUGUCUGCUAUAUUUUUGUGGUGGUGAUGUGUUUGUGGACUGCAGUGCCAUUUCCUUUCAAAGUGAUCUGUUUUAGUCCAAGUGGAGUAGGUUGUGAACUAUAUGUCCACACUGCUCCCUCCUGGCAAUUGCCUCUCCUUGCACAUCAGCUGUCUCAGAGUAAUUAAUGGUUACUGUUUCAUCAAUAUGCCUGUGUAAUAAGUAAAAUAAUUGAUGUCUUCACCUCGUCAUGCUGGAGGACACCACACAGUUAUGUGCAACGAGUCUUGAAUGAUUAGGUGACACUAAAAACAUUCCAAGUAGAGAUGAUGGUUUGAAAACCUUAACCGUGUCUACUGAUGCAUGUGGUCAGUGUCCAGUGUCCCUCCAGAGUUCCACCCUAGAUUAUUUAUCUUAUCCACUACUAUGGUAGUACCAACUCUGAAAAUGAAAAGCUUCUUUUUAAAGUAGAUUUUGGGUGACAAACGAGUUUUGGGGGAUAUUACAAUGUGUCACAUAUAUUUUCAAUGCAAAGGAAUAUAAUCCGUGUCAUGGAUUGACACAUUUUACCUUUUUAGUACUCAUAAGACCAGUGCUAAUGCUUUGUCUUCACUUAUCCAUAAUUGAAUUGUUCCAAUUUAACAAAAGUUACUUUACUUCGAAAGAACAGCUCCCCGUGAUGAAGCACUGUAUAGCACUUUCAUGAAUCAUCUGAAAAAUAUUUGAACAACCGAAUUCACGUUUGAGUUCAUGAACUAUAAACAAGUAAUGAUUGGUGAGUCGUGCCUGUUCUCUUGUACCAUAAUAUUUUUGUGCAAGUCCUCUUUCCUGUUUGUGACAAAGGACUGAAGAGAGACUGAUGUCUCUCAUGAAGCAGUCAUGAGGAAUAUUUGCUGCAGAAUCUCAGCAAGGCUGUUGCUGAAGGUGGACUCUUCUGAAAAAUCGAUGUAUAUGAAUGUGAAUUUUCCAUGAAACUUAAAUAUUGCUUUAGCUGUCAUAUGAAAUGUAAACCUAUUAUAUGUGAACCUUUUUUCUUGACCAGAGUGGAAAAAAGUGGUCACUCAGCUGAAUGUUUACUAAAUGUUUGCAAGCUAUUUUCGCACAAAUUUUUGUGACUAUUACGGUAAAGAAUCCUGUUACAACAUGUGGUGUCCUGUGGUAUUUAUGAGAAGUGUAUGUGCUGUAACAUUUGUAUUGAAAUAAAUUAUGUACAUCUUG